AUUAUUCUUGAAGCUAUUAUUUUGUAAUAGGUAGGUACAUGUAAGUCGUUCAUAGUCCUAGUGUUAACGUUUCUUUCAUUGUCAUAUUUUUACUAUUUCUCCAUCGCAGUAUUGUAAAUCUUAUACAGUAGUUUAUAUUAUACAAACAGUGACAAGGUGUUAGGCCAUAUCGUUUUUAUGUUAGGUUUUUACCAUCGUUUGUUCGUUUGGUUUUUGAUCAUACGUAUAUAAAGCGCCCAGUAUGAUUCAUCGCGAGUGCGCUACGAAUAUCUAUAUCUCGAAAUCACAUCGUGCGAAACAUACAUUUAAUUUUAUAUAACUUUUUACUUUAUUUUUAUGCGUGUCAACAAUUUAAGACAUCUCAUAUUUUAUAUAAAUCAUGUUCCGUUUCGUGCAUUUUUUUAUUGUGUUAAGUAGCGUGGUGACCUGCGCAAAAGUGUUCGCCGCGAAGCAGAGUCCUCCUCAUAUAGUUUUUGUGUUGGCCGAUGACUUGGGUUGGAACGACGUCAGCUUUCAUGGUUCGAACCAAAUAAACACUCCAAACAUCGAUGCACUGGCAUAUGACGGAAUAAUUCUAAACAAUCAUUACAGCGAAUCUUUGUGUACACCGUCCAGGUCGGCAUUGCUUACUGGAAAAUAUCCUAUUCAUACGGGUUUGUUAUUGAUUAUUAUUAUUAUCAUCAUUAUUAUUGUAGUUGUUAUUGUUAUUACUAUCCUACAAUUAUUACUUAUACUUUGUAUAUCUAUGUAAUAUAUAUCAUAAUCAUUGUGACACUGUUGAUUGUGUUGCACUGUUGCUAUUUAUAUAGGUAGUACUGUAGUACCUAUAACAGUGGCAUAGUGCUAUAAGCUAUAUAGUCACACACAUAUAUUUUAAUGAAUUUACAGACAUCAUAAUUCAUCAUGCAGCUAUAUUAUAAUAAUAAC